AUGCAGCGGCCAAGUCCGGUGAAUUCGACCUCUAAAAAAGUUGUACGUCUCACACGAGUGAGACGUUCUGUAGAUAUGGGUGAUAGCGGUAACAUUAGCGCUAGUACUGGGACCUCCAGUUUACACGACCAGCCUGUGGAGAUGCCAUGUGCGUCAAAUGUGAAUCCCCCCAUGGAUGGUACUGCUGCAUCUGCUUCAUCUACUCCUGACGUCACGCAAGUUGUGAAUUCACUGGAGGAGGGCAAUGCAUUGGUGAAACGUCUACGGCAGCUGGAGAAUGAAAAUGCUUCUCUCGCCACUGCCCUUACGAAAGUGUGUGACGAUAACGCAAACCUGGCAAAGCAUGUAGUCAAGCAAGAGGCGAAGUGUGUGGCGCUCUCAACGAGUCCAAUUUCGGCGACUUCGGUGUUGCGUUCUCUCUUUGAGCCUGAGAAGGUUGGCUGGUUUGGUGGCUCGAAGACGGCAGCGCGUGAAAACUUGGAAAAGAUGAUGGAGGAGCUUCAAAAUGAGUUUCUCGAGUACCAGGCGAGCCAUGCCUCCUCCAAUGACGAGGUACAGGCACUCAUUGGCGAACUGCAGAGUGCCCACAUGAAUGCGCAGCAGCUUUCGAUCAUUCUGCAUGAGCAACAGGAGGUGAUUAGCCGCGGGCCGUUGAGCGUGGCGGUCCGCAUUUUUCCUCUUGAGACGGCGGCGGAGAGGGUGUCGCUCGUCGACCUGCGGCAUGAGUUGGAGCGCCGCUCGGAGCGAGAAAACGAGUUUCGCCAGGAGCUUAGCAGAGCACGAGAGGAGUUGCAGGUGAAAAUGGUGGAGAACGCGCGGCUGCAGCGGGACCUUCAGGCCCUGCGUCUGGAGGGCAACCAUAGUAACGAGGUGGAGCGGCAGUACAUGACCGACGAGAUCUCGCGGCUAAAGACGGAGGUGACGCAGCUGCGCAAGGCGCUGGCGACGGAAGAGCAGCUGCAUCGACUGAAAGUGGGCGAGAAUGCCGCUUUAUCGCAGCGAUUAAGUGAGACAGAGAGCCGUUUACACGCGUCCAACGCGGAAAUGCGGGCGCAGCCGUCUGAGGCUCCGUGUGAUCGCUGCGGUGAGUUGCAGCGGGAGUGUGACGUGGCGAAUGAGCGCUUGCAGACGGUUACGCGGGAGAUGCAGCAGCUGGGGAUGCGGCUGUCGGAGCUGAAGCAGGUGAACGAGCAGGAGGUGAGCGAGCUGCAGCGGGAGAAGUCGGAGCUUGAACAGAAAUUGAACCACAGCGUUGCACGCGACACGCUGGUGGCGGCGGAGUCGCAAAACAAACAUCUCCUGCAGGAGCUUGAGUUCACCUCUGCGCGGGUGAAGGAACUGGAGAAACUCAUCGAGCGGGAGCGCGAAAAGACCACCAGCGAUGCCGUCAAGAGCAGCGAUGAGGGCAGAGGGACGCUGAAGGACAGCGAGAUCCUUGAAGCGCUGGAGCGUAACCGGGAGCGCAUCGCGCGGGUUGAAUUUCAACGGGAUCAACUUAUUGAGGAGGCGAAGCAACUUCGAGCGGUUGCAGUCACGAAGGAGGAGGAACUCGUUCGACUUACCCGCGCGUCACAAGAAGACAAGCAGCGCAUCAAUUUUCUUUUGAAGCGCUGCGUGACGUUGACAGGGGAUCUAAACAACAGCAUCGCCGCAAAGGAUGCGCUUAAUGAGGAGUAUGAGAAUGCGCAGUUGAAGCUUAAAAAGUUGCUUCGUGAAGGGGAGGAAAUUGUACGGCUCCAACAACAAGUCACGGAUCUGAAGAAGGAGAACGAUGCUCUGCAGGAUCGUCUCUCAAAUGUGGAGGUGCUAGAGAAUAACCUUGUCAAGGCAAAGGAGACUAUUGCCUAUAUGGAGUUAGCAAAGAGUCAAACUAUAAACAUGAGUCAAUACGCCGAACUGCAAUCCAAGACGUCUAAGUUGGAAAACACUCUGGAGCCCAUCAAGAAACAGCUCGAGGAGGCACGGAAAGAGUUGGGACGCAUAAAAAAUGAAAACGAGAGUCUACAUGCAGUUUUGACACGACAGCAGAACACAAUUAAGUCGCACGAGGAGCAAAUGGAAGCGCUUCAGGCAAACGACGCCAAAAUGCGGGACAAAACGAAUCAACUCACCAGUGAGAAUACACGUCUGCGGGACGUAAAUGAGACGCUGGAAGCACAGAUGAACAACAUGCAGGAUGGCAUCAAGGAGAUGGCGGUGAAGUUGGAGCAGGAGCGCACACGGGCUCAGGUGGCGGCUGAGGCAACACACAAGGAAGAGAUUGCACAAUUGCGGCGUAAACUCGAGUCGGCAAAUGCAACCUUGGCGACGAUGCAAUCGACACAAGAGAACUUUGUACCGGAGGCCAUUCACAAGGCGGCCCUGGCGGAGAAGGGACAUGUUAGCGAGGAACUACGGCAAAAGACAUUUGAUCUUGACCGGCUAAAGUCUGAAAUCCUCAUCUACCGUCAAACGAUCAACGACUUGGAGACAGAGAACGAGGAGCACGUGCGGCAGAUUGAGUCUCUGCAAGAAAGCCAUAAAAGAGAUCUCACUGCCGCGGCAGACCGACUUUCGGCGGAAACAAAGAAAGUUACGGAGGCCAAUGAGGCGUUGGAGGGACUUCAAAUGCAGAUCAAUGAAUUUCAACAACGGGAGGAACAAUUGCUAUCGCGCCAGAAGGAAAUGGAAGAGGCGGCGCAGAAACACCGUCGGGCCUUUGAAGAUAAAUGUCGGCAGGAAGAGAAACUUCUUCAAACGGUUACCGCCACGAACCAGGAGAUGGAGACACAAAAUGAGGAGCUGACGAAAGUGAAGAGUGCACUGUUAGAAUACCAACGUCAAAAUGCGCAGCUGGAGUCCGAAUUGAAAUCUGGGGCGGCACAAGGACCGCGUCAACAAGAGGAAAUGGAGUCUGAGCUUGAAAAGCUCCGUGGCGAAAUUCAACGUGUAAACGCGGAGAAGGCUACUUUGGAGAUGGAACUCGGGAAGCUGCGAAGGACCACAAAAAAUGGUAGUUGGGAUGGCAAUGGUGGUGGAGGUGUGGAGAAUAGUGGUAGUAACAACAAUACCGAUAAUAAUAGUAAUAAUAGUAAUAGUAAUAAUACUGCGAUGAGAGGUAAAGGCGUCGGUGAUCAUGGUGGCCAUGUUAACAUGGAAACUGGGAUGUCCUCGGAUGCUGCCGUCCAGUACGCGCGGGCGGAGCAGCUGCAGAUGUCACUUAUUCAGGCCCAGCGUCAAUUGGAAGAGCAGAGAAAGGUUAGCGCGGAGGCGGCGGAGACAUUUGAUAGGGCGCUUGACAAGGCAGACGCUGAGGCCGAGGCGCUACGUGAGCGAAUUCAGCAAUUAGAGAGUGAUCUCCAUAGAAUGUCACAGGAGAGUGACGAGACACGCAGUUUGUCUUCUGCGCACCCAAAGAAACAAAAAAAGAAGAAGGCAGUCAAGAAGUCCCUCUCAACAAUGGCCAAUAUCGAUGACCUGCAGGAGACGGAUGUGCUGGCGGUGGCUGCCGCGGAUGAAGGGGUGCGGCAGCAGCAACAGCAGCAACUCGAGCAGCAACGUGAGUCAUUAGAGAAACUUGAACAGGAGUUAUCGACUCUCCGUGAUGAAAAUGUGCGACUUAAGGAGAAUAUUGCAACUCUCACGCAGGAAUUAUUAGGGGCUCAUGAUGAUCUUGAGCUGGCAAGAAAAGGUGCUGACUCGAAGACCGCCGAGCUGCGGGGGCAGAUUCAGUUAUUGGAGGCUCAGUUGCGGAACCGCUUGCCCAACACAGAUGGAGGAACCGAGUUGCACCGUCUUGCGGAGGAAAAUAGGCAACUUCAAUCGGAGGUGUCUUUACUUUCCGAUUCUAUGAAUGCGACAACGGGGAAUCCUGACGCGACGGUGCAGCGACUGAAGGCGGAACUCCAAGCACUUGCAAAGGAGCUUGUGCCGACGAAGAACAAACUUGUUGAGUACAUGGCAAUGGCAGAUAGACUGGGCAUUCAUUAUCCCUUUUCACCAGACAUGGAGGGGGUUGCUGUCCUUAGGCUUAAAGCAAUGCAUUUUGACACGGUAACGGGAAGAGUGCGGGCGUGCUCGGCCCCGCGACAACCAUACGCCUCGUCUUUUGACAAAAACGCGUUAUCAUCAUCGGGUGCCAAGAAGAAAAAAAGAGUGAAGAAGCGUCAGCCGCAGGGAAGUCAUGUCGAUGAACUUUCAGAUUUGCGGUAA